AUGUCCGAAGUUAUAUCCAGACCCUCGGCACCGCGUGGGCGCGGCUCUGCUCGAGGCGGGCGAGGUGGAUACAGCUCCAGAGGAGGCCGGGCCGGUGCUCGAUCAUCCAAAGUCGAGAUUGCUGAUAACUCUGCACCCACAUCAUACGAAGAUGAAGGAGAGAUCGGUCAAUUGAAGCUGAAGUAUGCGACAGAAUUACCUACUUUGAAAGAGCUCUUCUCCGACUGGACAGACGAAGAUCUAGUGUUUGCUUUAGAGGAUGCAAAUGGUGUUCUUGAGACUGCAAUUGAGCACAUCAGUGAAGGCAACGCUUCUCAAUGGGGUGAAGUGAAGAAGAAGACUACCGAUCGUUCCCGUUCCAAGGCGAAGGAUGUGCCUAAGCCCCAAAGCACCGGCACCGAAACAGUACCUUCGACGUCUCGUGGUAGCCGUGGCCGUGGUGGGUUCGAGGGGCGCGGUGGUCGUGCUCGAGGAGAUCGCGGACGUGGAGGUCGUGGUGGACGAGCCGGUGGCGCACGUGAUGAGAAACCUGCUGCACCUACUGAGCCGAUCAUCUCGAGUGUCCCUAGCGAAGCUCCUACUACAACUGAAGUCCAAGCAGCCAAACCCGUUGAGUCGGUUGAGGCUGUGAAGGAACAACAGCAGGAAGCACCUAAAGCACCCGAACCUGCGAAGAAGGGAUGGGCAAGCCUGUUUGCUAAACCUACACCUCCCCCUCCUCAGAAGAAGCCACCUCCAGCUGCCGCUCCUCCUGUUGCUCCUCCCGUCCAAGCUCCUGUCGAAACGAAACCUGAAACGAUCAUACCUUCUGUACCUGCCGCUGUGGCAACUCCGGAAAUUCCUAAAGACCAUGCACCUGAACAACCACCAGUACCACUUAAUGAACCUGCACACGAAAUACCCUCUACUCAGUCUUUCGAAGCCCCCGCCGAUGAUCUCACGAAAACGAACCUUGAUCAAGUCCCUGAUGUCUCAGUGCCACCUGCUACCGCAACAGCGGCUAGCACUGUUGCCAGCGUCCAAGACCCCAACUCACUACCUCCUGUUACACCUCAAAGCCAACGACCUGCUUCUGGCUAUGCGGCGACUGCAUUCAAAGCGGCUGGACCUCAAGGCCGCUCUGCUAGCUUCCAGCGUCGUGUUUUGGAACAGCAGGAAGCCGUUGUUAUGCCUGCCAAUCACGCUGUUGAUCGGGCAGCUGUUCAAUUCGGUAGUAUGGGGCUGAACGGUAACGAGUCUGUUGAUGUUGACGAGCAACCGGAAGAGGCUGAAACUCGGGCUCAACCACCUCAACACUCUCCAGUUGCUCCUCGUGCUUCUUUCCCUCCUCCCCAAUCUCAACCCUCGACCGAGACUCCCUCAGUCGCCCGUCCCGCUCCUGGAUUACCCCCUGUACCUCAGACCGAUGCCACACCUUUCAACGACUUUGGCCGCUAUGGUGAAGCCCAGAAGCCAUACGACCCGUUCACUCAGCAUCCCGGCCAGACUCAAACCCAGGCUCAGGCUCAAGAGCCCUUCUCUCACCAAGCUCCUACUCAAGCUGCAGUAACUACUGGCAGCGAGUUUUCUGGCUUCUAUGCUGCCGAUCAGCAGCGUCUCCCCUACAACUAUUACGGCUACCCUUCACAGGACACAACUGGCCAGCGUGCUGCGUCUGGUUUCGCAACUUCCGGUGCUGAAGGACAAGCCCAAGUUCCGGCUAAUCAGACACCCAGUCGCUAUGGCCACACUGAAGCGCCUGGAAGUGGUCAAAACACCCCCAACCCAACUUUGCCCAUCGCAUCUCAAACGCAACAACCGUCUGGGCAGCACAUCCCUGGCGGACAAGGUGCUCAUGCUAAUUACGGCUAUGGGUAUCCUUAUUACUCUAACCCCCACUACGCUCAAUCGUAUAUGAACAUGAAUCAGCACCAGUACGGCCGCAACCGUCCUAUGUAUGAUGAUGCCCGUCGUUACGAAGAUCACUACAUGCCUCAUAGCAACCAGUAUGCGUACAGCAACCAGUAUGCAGCACCAUACGGCGGCAAGGGUGCUAUGUACGGCCAGCCUUUCUCUUACGAACACGCUUCUUCUCCAGCAAAUGCUGGCAGCUUCAACCAGGGUCUCCCGGGCCGUGACUCUGUCUACGGUCGUACUGGAUCUGCUCAACCCGAGAACCAACAGUCCACUGCUGGCGCAAGCACUACUUUCGGCUCAGGUGUUCCGGAUGUGUUUGGCCGAUCCCAAUCUGGAUUUGGCCAGAACCAGCCCAUCUCCCAGCAACAACCAGUAACCAGCGAGGAGACAACCAAGGGGUACGAAACCUCCAAGACUGGUGGGCCAAGCCCUUCUCUGGCUCAGGCUAACCGACCUGGUUCGGCAACUAGCAGCAUUCCUGGACAGUCACAGUCACAGACUGGCCUACCUCCUCUCCAAGGACAACAGGGCCAGCAGGGUUUUGGCGGCUAUCCUCACUUGAACCCUCAGUAUAGCGGCGGUCUCGGCGGCUUGGGAAGUCACCAGGCCAAUGUUAGCCAGAACCAUCAUCAAGGAAGUGCAUACGGUAACUACGGCGGCGCAGCAGGCUUUGGUAACUACUAUGGGAAUUCGGGACGUGGCGGCGGUUGGGGAGGCAAUUAUGGACAUUGA